GACUAGGAUCAGUGAAUAGAGGCGGGUGCCUCUCAUUUACCUCCCCAUGCUGUCUGCGCUUCUCUCGGUCACAGCGAACUUUGGCAAAGCGCUCCGUGGAUGCUGGCAGGAGUCGCUCCUCUCGGGCGCUGUUGGCACGAGCUGUGGAUGCGAAACAACAGCAAGGUGACUGUUUGAUGAUGAAGCCAGACGCUACUGGGAAAGACAGGCGUGUUUAAAAAUCUAACGCGAACUUAUGUGUGACGCAUUGUGGAUUUACAGUGUCUAAAACAUCCUGUAAUGAAAUAUGGAAGCGAGGAGGAACUCCACAUACCCACUUAGUUUGGGAUAAACGCACGUGCCAUGGGAUAUUAGUAUGACAGAGCUGGAAUAGUGCCAGUUUAGCUCUGCAUAAAGUUCGGAGUUGUCAAAACCAUAUAUGUGGAUAUGUGUGGCGGGAUAUACCUGAACAAGACAUCAUGGCAGAACUUUAUGAAAAGAGAUAAUCAUUAUUUGGUGGAUUGAGAGGGGCAAAGGGGCUAUGGUGAACUCAUCCCCAGCCGUCGCUGCUCACGCAGAGGGUGAAGAGAUUGAGGUCCUUGAGAGCACCGAUGUCCUUCCUGUAGCUCCAGAGGACCAAUGGAAGUCUCUAUUUGACAAGUAUGACCCAGAGAAUUCGGGCUUCAUCAGUACUGAGCGUUUCCGAGACCUGCUUGCGGCUCAUGGAUCAGAACUGGACCCCCACAAGCUGGAGGUUCUUCUAGCCCUGGCUGACGGAAAUGCCGAUGGAAAGAUCUGCUACCAGGAUUUUGUUAACCUGGUGAGUUCUGCAGAUGAACUUGAGAUGAGCAACAAACGCUCAAACAGUUUUCGUCGAGCGAUCCUGCAGGGGAGUCGGCAGCUCAGGAAUUCCGCGCUGAGAGAGGAAGUGGGCUUGGGUCUGUCUCGGAGACUUGUACGUCACGUUGCCUAUGAGACUUUGCCAAGAGAGGUGGACCGCAAGUGGUAUUUUGACAGUUAUACCUACUGUCCACCACCAUGGCUUAUGCUGGCCAUCACUAUAGCAGAGGUUGUUGUCUUUAUGUAUUACGGACUCCAACUUAAUCGCUGGGUUCUGCAAGUCUCAUCACCAUACUUCCUGAAGGGCCCAUUGCCAUACCACCCGCAGCUCAGAGCUCAGGCCUGGCGCUACCUAAGCUACAUCUUCAUGCACGCAGGAAUUGAACACCUGGGUCUAAACAUGGCCAUGCAACUUUUGGUGGGUGUACCACUAGAGAUGGUCCAUGGAGCUUUGAGAAUCGGCCUGGUGUAUGUGUGCGGCGUACUGGCAGGUUCAUUGGCUGUGUCAGUGACGGACAUGACAGCACCUGUGGUUGGUUCAUCAGGCGGAGUUUACGCUCUGGUCUCCGCCCACCUCGCCAACGUUGUCAUGAACUGGUCAGGGAUGAAGUGUCAGUUCAAGCUCUUUCGCAUGGCAAUGGCUCUGGUGUGCAUGAGUGUGGAGUUUGGUCGCGCCGUCUGGCUUCGAUUCUAUCCCCCAGCAUUCCCACCAUGCCCUAAUCCCAGCUUUGUGGCCCAUCUGGGGGGUGUGGCAGUGGGCCUCACCCUUGGCGUUGUGGUUCUUCAGAACUAUGAACAGCGUUUGCAGGAACAGUCCUUGUUCUGGAUCUUCUUCAGUGUCUACACACUCUUUAUCUUCUGUGGAAUCUUCUGGAACAUUUUUGCUUACAGUCUCUUGGAUGUCAAGUUACCCCCACCUCCAUGAAGCCCAGAACGUGUGUUUGUGUGUGUGUGAAAUGACAGGCAACCUUAUUUAACAGUUGUAAAGGUCAUAAAUGAGAAACAAAUGCUAAGUACCUUACUGCAGUCCUCCUGCAGUGUUGCAGUUUGUGUUAGUGCCUAAACCAUGCCAAGUCAUCAAAGCAGCUAAAACAGCAGAUUCCGAUUUUUAAACAGUGGUGAAUGUAAAUUUGCAGGAGAAGCCCUGAAGGUUGAUGCUUUUUACAGCUACAUAUUUUGUGCCAGCCAUCGAGGGCUAUCAGCGAUAGCACAAAUAUUAAUUUCAAAACAAAUUGUAGGUUUAGAAGCUGCUGCUGGCUUGUCAGCUGUUCAAGGUGCCAGGGAAAAAUCAGCUAUUGAAGGAAUAAAUGCAUUCCUUUAAAGCACAGAAUUUGAGACUGCAUGAGCAAAGUGAAAUAUCAGUAUUUUAUGAGGACAUUUUAGUAAGUGUUCUAUAUUUUUAUAAAAGACUAAAGACAGGUACAUGAGGUAGUAUAAGAGCACUGUUACAGCUCAUUGUGCGUGAAGGACCUUUAAAAGAUAUUCAGGAGUAACUGAAGUAGCAAGGAAACAGCUAGAAUAACUUCUCUAUGUCUUACAAUGUAUUAUUUUCUGAUUAAUGUUUCAGUGUUAAAAGGUCAGUUUAAAAGAACUGCAGUCCCGUACCAUUCUCAGUGGCGGUCUGCAACAGAAUUUCCUGUUUGUUUGUUUUUUUAUGUAAAUCAUUAUUUAUCAAAUUAAUGAAGAACAUAGUAUAAUUUAUGACUGAUUAUGAUUCUAUACAACAAAAGAUUUCUCCCUAGUAUCUAAAAAUAAUAUUAAUUAACUUGAUCAUUAAUGACAAGUUAUGAUAUUUCUGAUUAGAGUUUGGACUUUUUAGACCAUAUGUUUGAAAGUCUAACACCUGUGGCUUUAAGCACAGUCUUCAUGAUUUACUGAAAUAAUUCUGAAAGUUAAUUAGCUUGAAUGGUUACCUCUUAUUUAUCUCAAAGGAUAGGUCGACACUGUUCAUUUUUUUUGUUGUUGCUAUCAGUACCACAAAUUGCCCACUUGAUUAGCUUUAUGUAUUUGAAAUGCGUUAGUAGAACGACCAGUAGUCAUCCGAACUCAAUUUUAAAUCAUUGAUCAACUGAAUAAUAUCAAAAAAUGAAAUAAUUUUAAAAAGUAAUUUACUGCUAUACAUGCUACAAAUAAGUAAACUGAUCUGUUCUGCUGUUUAAUAUAUAAUAAUACGUAUUGCAGUAGUUUUUUGAAUGAAUUGUGAUGUGUGAUUGAGUGACAUCUACUGUACCUCAAAUACUGUAAGUGGUCUAUGUUAUGAAGUUUAUUUCUAUUGGUGCUGUAGCUUUUGGACAGGUUGCUAAGUGUCUGUGCCUCUAGUAACUGGGUAGCUCCUCUCAGUUCUGUGCACAGUCAUUCUUUACAGCAAAACUGAUCCUGGUACAGCUUUGUGUGUAAUCUGAGUAUCUUCUGCCUGUAGUGUGUGUGUGUGCCACUGAUUCUCAAACUAAUAGGAAAAGAGGAAACUCUAAAUAAAAUCCUAAACCUCUGAAAAUUAUUGAAUCCAGUACUUCAGUCCCAGUUUACACUAGUACUCUGUGAACAACUGGAUCUGCUUUAACAGUGUGUUCAAGCUAAUUUUGAAGUGCCAGUAUAUUUUUUGUUUUGCAUUGUGCUGACCUUACUGUAUCAAAAUGUAAUGCUGGGAUGUAAAUAACCUGGGAUUGUGUGUAAAGGGCUAUGGCACUGGAAAUAAAGUUCAUCAAGCAUAUUUUAACAUGCACCUAUUUUGUAGAUUUGAUAUGUAAAUAUAGAGUGCAUUAAAAAUCUGUGAUUGGAAAUGGCAUUUUCUGUACUUUCAUUGUGAAUCAAGACAGUGGUUCUGCUAUAUUGUGUAUGAACUUUUGAAACUUUUGAUAAACCUGCUUAACUUGAUGUUUUAGCAAAUUUGGGUCAAAUAAUUUUAAACCACAUUGAUUGAGAAUGCAUUGAGCAUUGAGAACACUAAG